AUAACAUUUACCUCUCAACUGCCGCUUCAUUAAGAAUGUUGAAGGCGACAGUUGCAUUCUGUGCUCUUCUGAGCUUGUCCCUCAGUGCUGGGGUGAUUGGAGUGAAUGGCUGGAACUUACGUUCGCGCUGGUGGUUGGGCGAAACUCCUCCCAGCCUCGAUGCUUUGAGGCCAACACAAUGGGCACAACGUCAGCGCUUUCUGCUGGAUCUGUUGCUGCAAGUGCACAAGCCUCUGCUGCAGCAGGAGCUCAUCGACAUGGGCCGUGAGCUCAACGAGAAUCCCAACGAUUACGAAACGGGCAGUUGGCCUUCGUUGCUCGACUUCUUUGAGCGCGUCCAUCAGGAUCGCAUACUGCGCCCAUAUAGCAUAUACAGUCUUUUGCAAGAGGAGCUGCCGCAGCAGCUAUUGGACGUUUAUCGCUUCCUAGUGCUGGCCAAAGACUGGAGAACCUUUCAGUGCAAUGCCUGCUAUGCGCGCAGCCAGUUCAACCCGGUGCUCUUUGUGCAUGCUCUGCAGCUGGCGAUUGCCGAACGUGCGGAUACAAAAGAUCUGAUGCUGCCGGCCAUGCAUGAGGUGCUGCCACAACUCUACUUCGACAAGGAGCUGAUACGGGCAGCAAGGUCCGUUAGUUGGCAGGACUUGGCUCCAGUUCGGAUUGCUCCGAAACGCACUUGGAAGGACACAUUGGGUAGUAUAUUGUACCCGAAGAUAUUCAGACAGCCACCGGAGGAGGAACUAAUGCCAGCCGACCCGAUUGUCAUAGAAGUGAAGUCCCUUGGGGUGCAGCUGAGCUUAGAUGUGGCCUUGAACGGCUAUUGGAGCAGGCUUAUCAGCCGGCUGAUAAUCGGGUCGAAAGCCAAGGAAGAUUAUGGAACUGCUAUAAUAGACGGCGAUCUCAUGAUGCAGUUCCGCAGUGAUGAGGAUGAAUGGAUAUACCAGCAACAAGUUGAGGGUGCGGCGAGGCCAGAAAUCGGACUCUUGCUGAUGCAAAACAUCCGACAGUUUGUAGCCCUGCUGCAGCUGGAAGAACUAGCGACAGGCAAAAGAUCAGUUGAGCUGGUCACGCCCACAUUGAUGACAACGGGUGGGGUGCCCUACAAGGCGACUGCGCUGAAUGCCGAAGACGUGCGGCAAUUGAUAAGCAAGUCUAUUGAAGAGCUGCAAAGUCAGAUUGAUAAGGAGCUGCCAAAAAAUAAGAAAAUUGAGCCUAUGUGGGUCGUGGUUCAGGUGAUUGCGGCGGAGUACUGGCUGCUCUGUAGACAUUUGAGUCUGGCCAUCAACGGCAACAAUAUGGAGCCCAGCCUGUUGGGCAUGACUACGUCAAACCUGCGCGAUCCCAUAUAUCGCUCGCUGUUGAUUCAACUGGCUCAAUUAAUAUCCAAGUACGAACAGAAGCCAAAACCAAAAUCAUACGACAAGCAGCGACGUCCGUCGGUAAAGCUGCUGCAAGUGACUAAAUUGGAAACCUAUGAGCAGCUACUGGACACCGACUUGAUUAACCUAAUGGAUCAACAGUUGCUUCAGUCGCAGCGCAACAAUUUGCAAUUGCUGCGUCGUCGUCUUGUGGCACGUCAGCUGCGCUUGAAUCACAAACCAUUCAGCAUUGCCUAUGAGCUGUUCGUUCCGGAGACGAUGGUUGUCCAAAUCCGCAGUUAUCUGACGGUGCCUGGCAGAGCUGAACCUCGCCUAUUGCUCGAUAACUUUGUGCGUGAGCUAGGAACUGGCGAGAAUAGAUUGGAACGUCAUUCUCCAGCCGCUCCAAAUGAUCCCACACUUAGCGAGCUGUAUGAAGCACAGGCACCAUUUAAUGCUCCCAAAACCUGUGCAUUUCCUCAUCACCUGCAGCUGCCUCGUGGCACUGCUGAAGGUCUGCAGCUUCAAUUACUUGUGGAAGUACUCCAAUGGCACGGCACUGAGAUCGAAUCAGAGUGUGUUGGGGCUGCCAGCUUUAUGGGUGAGAAUGCUACACUCCUCGCCAGCGAUACCUUAGAUGUGGUCAUAUAUCACCAGGAAUUAAAAAUAUCAAACGACAAAUUGGAAUAA